AUGUCGUACCUUUUCAAACACUCCAGUGUGGGAACCUUGGCGCAUUACAUCAAGCACCGAAAAUUCGACUUUGCCCGCACCACCACCAAAACAAUUUCCGGCUCAUCCUCGACAGAUGAACUUCCCUUCCCGCCAGAGACCGGCACUGUUGGUACGGAGUUGAAGCAAAAUCAGACUCUUCUAGUAGACUGGAGUGGACCGGAUGACCCCAGCAAUCCGCAAAACUGGCCUCAAUCUCACAAGAUCCUCAUGACGGUUCUACUCUGCGUCUAUACAUUCGCGGUAUAUGUUGGCUCUUCACUAUACACCUCUUCCCAGCAAACCAUCAUGGACAAGUUUGAUGUCGGCAAUGUGGAGGCGUCUCUGGGCAUCGCACUCUAUGUGAUAGGCUACGGCCUAGGAUGUCUGCUUUUCUCGCCGCUCUCCGAAGUACCGGCCAUAGGAAGGAACCCCCCUUACGCAAUCUCAGGGUUCCUCUUCAUCAUCCUGUGCAUACCGACUUCACUGGUGAACAACUUCCCAGGCUUAAUGGUGUUGCGAUUUCUCUUGGGCUUCAUGGCAUCGCCUUGUCUCGCUACGGCUGGUGCUUCCCUUGGUGACAUCUGGACAAUGGCCGAGUUCCCAUUUGCUGUCGCACUUUGGGCUGCUGUCGCGACACUCGGCCCGUCUCUGGGUCCUACUCUAUCGUCGUACGCUGUAAAAGACUUGGGGUGGCGCUUCUCGAGCUGGGAGCUACUCAUCAUCGCGGGCCCAAUCUAUCUGACGCUGCUGUUGACACUGCCAGAAAGUUCCGGGCCCACUAUUCUGUAUUACAAGGCGAAGCGCAUCCGAGAGCAAACUGGUAACCCAGAGUUGAUGUCAGAGUCGGAGCGUAAGCAGAAGAACAUCAAGAUCGGCAGCCUGCUAUUCGAUGCACUGAUCAAGCCCUGGGAGAUCAAUGCGCUUGACCCUGCGAUUUUGUUUACAACAGUGUACAUGGGCUUGUGCUAUGGCAUCUACUACUCGUUCUUCGAGUCACUCCCACUAGUGUACCCAGUCUACUAUGGCUUCAACGCAGAGUCCACUGGUCUCAUCUUCCUCGCCAUCCUCCCUGCCUGCAUGUUCGCCUUCACAAUCCACGUGAUUUAUCUCAAAUACCGCGUCUUCCCUCGUCUCAUGAACGGAACCUUUGGCGAGCUUGAGAACCAUCUCUGGCCAGGCAUGGUAGCCAGUCCCGUCAUUGCAGUUGGCCUAUUCAUAUUCGCAUGGGCAUCGCGACCAUCAGUUCACUGGAUCGUACCUACCAUCGGUCUUGGUCUCACUAUCUUUGGAAUCUACUUCAUCGCGCAGAGUGUGCUGCUCUACAUCCCGAACAUCUACCCGAGAUACGCGGCAAGUAUUUUCAGCGCGAACAGUCUGAGCAGAAGUGCUUUUGCUUUUGCGGCAAUCCUUUUCGCAAGGCCCAUGUUCCAGGGGAUUGGAAUUGAUGGAGGUGUGAGUCUACUGGCCGGGUGCAUGGUCUUGUGUUCCGGCGGCAUCUUUGCGCUGUUCAAGUUUGGCAAGCGGCUACGGGAGCGCAGUCGUUUUGCAGUCGCAUGAGGUACGAGGACUACAGGAUGAUGUUAUGUAUGUGGUCCAAAUGAUGCAUAAAUACGAAAGCUGUUGGUAGGCCUUGUACGAUCGUACGGGUGAAUAACAACAACGAGGUUCUUCUGGUGACUGGUAUUGGUACUCAUUGUCUACGAACAUAGCUGCUACGAAGGUACACCUAAGCUCUGCGCAAGGUGGGCCGAAGUGUCAAGCAGCCGACGUCUCUACCGAUACUCACGAUCCGACAAAAGCAAUGUUUACUGCAAAGUUCAGAUGUAAUAGAUAGAUAGAUAUCACGAAAUGUACUUCAUUUUUAACGUCGCAAAA